AUGGCGUAUUCAAAGCUGACGCUGACCGCUGUCUCGAGCAUUGUAUUUAUCCUCCUCCUCUAUCUUAGCCCCGUCGUCACCGCUAUAAGAACGUCGAAAGUCAUCCGCCCUUCUCGCCGUUUCUUGCGGGAGAGGCAGCCUCAGCCUAUUGGCGCGCGAACACGUGGUAACCUUCGCCAGCUGCAAGAAUCCUCGUAUGAUUACGGCGAUUGGUCUGGCGACAGUGGAGGCUUUUCGAACUAUUGGAGCGACUGGUUAAACAACGCUGGCGACUGGUCUAGUAAUUUGCCCGACGAUUGGUCGACCUGGUUAAACAAUGGUGGCGAUUUGUCUAAUUUUCCGGACGAUUGGUCUACCUGGUUAGACAACGGUGGCGAUUUGUCUAAUUUGCCCGACGACUGGUCGAGCUGGUUAAACAACGGUGGCGAUUUGUCAAAUCUGCCCGAUGAUUGGUCGACCUGGUUAAACAACGGUGGCGAUUUGUCUAAUUUGCCCGACGAUUGGUCGACCUGGUUAAACAACGGUGGCGAUUUGUCUAAUUUGCCCGACGAUUGGUCGACCUGGUUAAACAACGGUGCCGACUGGUCUAAUCUGCCGGAUGAUUGGUGGACCGAUUUGGGUGGUGACACCGGCGGUGGCUGGGACGACGGUAGCUCUGGCGGCGGCGGUAGUUCUGACGGCGGUGGUUGGGACUACGGUAGUACCGACGGUAGUUCUGACGGCGGAGGUAGCUGGGACUACGGGGGAAGCUCUGGCGAAGGCGGCGACAGCGGGGGGAACGGCGGAAGCGGCGGAAGCGAAGGGAGUAGCGGCGGAAGCGACGGGAGCGAUGGGAGUAGCGGCGGAAACGGCGGAAGCGAUGGGAGUAGCGGCGGAAGCGACGGGAGCAGCGGCGGAGACGGCGGGAACGGCGGGGGCGGGGGCACGGUGGACGCGGGGGCGAUGCUGGAGGGACACAACGCUGCGCGCGCGGAGCUGGGCCUCCCCGCGCUGGGCUGGGACGCGAAUCUGGCGACCUCUGCGCAGGCAUGGGCGGACAACCUGGCUUCGCGCGGAUGCCCCAUGGAGCACGGGGGACACGAUAACAUGGGGCAGAACUUAUACUGGAAGAGGCCAGCUGCUUUUAACGCGGAUGAUGACCGUGAAGCAGUGUAUUGGUGGGUGGAUGAGAAGAAUUAUUGGACUUAUAGUCCAAUUCCAGGGGGGUGUGCGGAGGGGCAGCAGUGCCUGCAUUAUACGCAGAUAGUGUGGCAGGAUACGACGAAUGUGGGGUGCGCUGCGGCUCAGUGCGGUGACGGGGGUGGGAUGUGGGUGUGUCACUACUAUCCACAGGGGAACUGGCAGGGGGAGUACCCAUAUACCACCUAA